AUGUCCCAGCAACAACAUUGCAAAGGCGAUUGGGUGGUAGGCUUUUUCGGGCUCAAUAUCAUCAUUGCUCCUGACUACUGGUUUGAACUUUUCUUAAUGCUAGGAUCCAUUUCUGAAAUUUCAAUCAAGGUCCCAUGGUAUAGCCCAUUCAAGCAGCCAGUUAAUGUAUUUGUUGAUGGUCUUGCAUUACACUUUAAGCUAAAGGAAAUUUUUCUCUUCUUCCAUAAACACUUUCAGGCAGAAGCGGAAGCUACCGGUAACUCUUAUGUAAAGUCCCUCAAAUCCAAAAUCCUUGAUUCUUGCAAUUUGUUCAUAAAAAAUGCGCAAGUUGUUGUUGAGAGAAAUUCCCGCAAAUUUGCAUUCAAAAUAUCUUCAUUGUCUAUUUUAUCGAUUAGCGAUGCACUGGAGGCCCCGGCUGGAGAGCCGAUUGAAACACCAGCAAGGGAUUCUAUUGAUAUUUCUACUGGAAGCCCGGUGGAGAUCUCCAGUUUGGAUGCGGUUGAUGUUUGUACUGGAAAGCCUGUCGAGAUUUCCACUUUGCACGCGGUUGAAGUUUCGCCUCCUGUUAACGUUGGGCCGAAAUCCACUUUGCGGAUCCUUUCAAUUGAAAGCUUUACUUGCUCGUUCAAUGCUGGAAAUCUCGAUGCCGAAAUGGCAACCUUUGUUGAUGCUUCUGUUUUAAGUGUUAAAGUCACACCCAAAAGUGCAGGCGAAGAUUCGAAAAUCUCUGUGGACCUGCUUAUGGAUUCUAUCUCAAUUGAGCUGAGUCUAGAGCUUGUCCAGGCGUAUCAAAGUAUUUUGAAAGACUCUCAAAAUCAAACCACCAGCCUCAAAUCGCUGGCAAAAGUAGUAUUGCAGAAAAACAGGGCGCGUUCCUUUGUUUGGAGCUGUAUGGAAGCUUUUUGUGCCGACCGAAAAUCCUAUCCGUCAAUAGAGUCUCUUCAAAUACUAAAUUCAAUUGAGAAGAAGUAUGACGUCCAGGAUAUCUUGCUUUUCAGGGAUAUUGCCAAGUCCGUUCAGAAAAAGAAAGGGCUCUCUUCAUUAGCAUUGAGGUUCCCAAUGUUUUCCUCGAAAAAAUCCGCAAAUAUGCAUGCAAAUGCUUCUCCUUGUGGAAAUCAGGCAAUCUCAAAAACAAUAGAAAAAUUGUCCCUUUCUUUACUUGUUAUCAGUGGUGGCGCGACAGCAAAUUUUACCUUUGAAUUGGGCUCGCUAUUUUUAACCACUGAAUUUACAUCCAACUGGUCUCAAUUAUCAGGUACGGGGCAAUUUGGAAAUGUUUCUUUUGCGUAUCAAUUGCCAGAUAAGGAAGAAAAAUUUCUUUUUCAAAACGACGAAAAUUUGGACUAUUCAUCGGAUGCUGGGGAGGGAUUUAUUUGUAAAAACGUUGUCGAAUAUGGCCCCAAUGAUGGCUUGACGCUCAAUAUUGCUCCCAUUUCGCUGAAAUUAAACAUGAGUACCAUCACGCUCUUGCAAUCUGCAUGCGAUGCCUUUUUCUCUUCAUUUCCUGUCGCCAUGCAUGCUGCACAUAGUAGUAAUGAUCUGAAAUGGGCUGUUUCUUUGCAAAAAGUUGAUAUCGCUUUGGCUUUAUUUGGGGAUGCGGAGAGUUUGAUGUUUUCCAUUGUUGACAUCGAGUUCGCUUGUCCUGAAGGGAAUUUUCUAGAGCUAUCUUUAUACUCGAUUUGCUCAUCAUUCCAAAAUUCAGCAAAUGGCCUGCAUACGAUUCCGCUCUUGGAAAUCUCAAAUUUCAGCGGUAAAUUUAUGGACCACAUUGCGGAUGUUUAUAUUUCGAGGAUAGCUUUAGGCUUAUAUGACUAUCCCGUUUGGCUGCUAAGAAAGUCGUUCGCCUACUUUGAGUCUUCGUCAAGCGAACCGGUAAAUUUUAGCCUGGUUUUGAAUGUUGAUCAAUUUAAAGGCGAGCUCUUUUAUUCGUCAAAAUGCACGGAGUCACCGUGGAAUGUUUUUGAGGGUGGAAAUCGUGCAUCGACGCUUUGUUUUUCGUUUGACAAGCUGUGCGAACUUGAAGCAUCGUCUGUCAUCGUCAACUUAUCAACAACGUCAAAAGAGUAUCUGAAGAUAACUUUUAAUGAGCUCUUUGAACUGACCCCUUUACGAAAUGAGCUGCUUUUUAUUGAAGCCAAGCAACCUCCGGAGGCAUUUAAGAAUUACUUUACACCCUGCUACAUUCCCAAUCCAGACAAUGUUGAAAACAGCUCCUUUUUCCGGUUUGUACGAAAAUCAUCACCAAUGGAAGUGAUUUUCAAGCAAUCCGAUAUGUACUCCCUUUUUUUGCAAGCAUUUGUUGUCGACAUUGAUUCAAGCUUUUGCCCAGAGUUUAUUGUUAACUUCCAUGCGUAUUUUAGUCGCCUUUUUGUGUUCAAUCUGUUUGCCCCUGUGCCGUGUUCGUCGUUUUUUUGCUUUCCCGUCAAUCCUCAAAGAAACAGCAAAUUCCGCAUGCUGCUUUCAGUUAAAAAUUCGUGCUGCAAGCUGUUCCACGUGCCUUCUGCAUAUCAGCGCUUGUUUAUUGAACAGGGAGAUGUAACCAUUGACUAUGAACGGGAAAUUGAUUCCAUAUUGUCGAAAAAGAACAUCGAGGUCGUUUUGAAUACCAACUCGUGCGUCAAAAACGCAUCGGAUGAGACACUCUUUUCGUGGGGGAAACCUUUGCAUGUGCAGUAUGUUUCUCCAAAAUCGGUGCACAGCACAAAAUCCUACGUGCAGGAGCUUGCAAUUUGGUGUGCAAACAUUUUCUUAUAUCUUUCGGAGACCGACUUGCGCGAUCUUGUGCUGUUUAAAGAAAAGAUUCUUCAUUUUUUGGAUAUCUUUUUUUUCCAAAUCGACUGCUAUUUGGACUUACCAUCGCCUUGCCACACCAUGACCAGCUCGUUGACUUUAACGCUGGCUGAUGAAAACGAGCUGGUGCUGCCAUCGACGGUGUUCGAAAACUCCUAUCCAUUUGAGUUUUCCAUUUGCCCGUAUAAUGGCAUUUCCGUUAUUUUCAGCACAUUCCAGUUUAAAUCGUCAUCGAACCUGUCAACUGUGGAAAUCCUUUCAGAAGAGCCAUCUUGUUCAUCGCUGAAAGUGAACAUCAAUGACAUCAAGGGCAUGGAUGAGUCGUUCAUAUCCAGACCGUUCACCAUUGAUAUCUUGUUGAACAAUGCCAAGUCGACCAUCGAUAUUUACGAGUGUCUGUCUUUCAGAUUCCAUGGUGCAAAGGCCAAAUCAAUCACCUUUUUGCUGUGCUUUCUGAUGGAGUUUGUCCAGUCAAUUCCAUUGAUCUUGGAGGGCGUACCUUGCAAAAAGGCAACCGAAUUCGUUUUGCUUUUCAAUGCGAAAAAGAUUGUCGCUGAAAUUGGUGCUGCAAAUUGUGAAUCAAUCUCACUGAGCAUGCUAAAUUGCUUGGCCCAAGCAUUCAGCUCUGGCGGCAACAAAAUGGACAUUUUUUACUUUUUUGCAGGGUAUUCGUUGAAAUACAAGAACUAUUGCAUAUCGGAUGAAGACGUCAUCGUGCCGAGCUUAAUCGAUAAAAGUCUGCUGGUUUUUGACCCAUGCAUUCUUGCAAACUUGGUGGACGGAAAUACGCAAAUAUAUUGUCCCAAAGCCCUGUCGCUUUAUACGGCAUCGCCUUUUCGAGGCCAGUUUUCGAGCGAAAAGACUUCCACGAACGAGGGCAGCUCCUUCUGCAUGGAGAGCGUGCAAAAAUUGAACUUUUUCGUCCCAUUUGUUUGCAAAAUUUACGAUGCUUCUGUUCUGCACCAGGCGUUCAAUUUUAUUUUCAGUUCUAUUCCCAAGAAGGACCUUGAGGCUAUUAUUGAUCCCAAAUCGUCUUUGUUGGUUUCAACGCGCUUAUCGAGCAUCGAUGACAUCACGCUUUGCUCGCAGGUUUCGGUUGGCUUUUUGCAAGGGAUUUACAUCUUUUUACCCUUUGAUUUCGAUGCAGGCUCUUUCUAUCUUUUCUGUACACACAUGCGGUUCGCAAGCAACGCAAAAUUUUUUGCCACGCCAAAUGAAGAGAAAGAAUACUUUCGCUGGAAUGUAGCCGUGUCCAAUCUUUGCUUCAGCGUCGAUCCGUCCAUCAUCAUUAGCGAUGGAGGGGGGGCUCUGAUCAGCGAUUCCUAUUUGUUCCCAUCUUUGCCAAAAGAUUCAAACAGGCAGAUUGUCACUCCGGUUUACUUGAAUGUUUCCUUGGAUGGCAAGCGAAAACAUCCAUCGCUCUCCGAAAUAUGGUCCAAAAUCGAGGUAUCAAAAGUGUGUGUAAACAUCACGUCCAAUGACAUUUUGCUGCUUUGGAACCUUUCGUCCACGCUUUGUGCAAAAAUAAAAACCGGCAAUUGGAUGAUCCCAUCAAGAGGCAGCGUUCCUCCAAUCGAGCUGGUCAACCAGAUCUCUUUGGCUAUUGCCGGGGUCGAGAUUCUGGUGAUUUUCGAGGACUAUGCAUUUACUGGCGAAAAGGAGAUGCAACUCUCGUGUGCAAAGUCGGCCCACAAAUCGACCCCACCGUCUCUUUCUUAUUCUUGCCCGUUUUUGAAAGUUGUCAUUCCAAAACUGGCCUUGGAAGAUGCAUAUUUCAAGGUUGAGAACAUCCGGUUUUCAGAGGACGAGGAGGAAGAGCCGGAGCCCUUUGAUCCGGAUCUGAACGUUGAAGAUGAUUCCAAUUCGAUCCGCUUUGAUGAUGAUGCAAACUCUUCGUAUUCCGAAUUUUUCUCUGACAUUUCGGACGAACUUUGCAACCUUUUCGUCGUAUUCACGAUGGAGGUAAAAGUCGAUUAUUUCAACUCUGAUAACUCCACAUGGGAGCCUCUGAUCGAGACAUGGCAGUUUACUGCCACCAUCGAUCGCAAGUGGUUGCGGGCGCUCAAUAUGACCACGUCUACAGAGGUCACCAUCUCAUCGAUGCACAAUCUCGAGUUCUGUGUUUCGCAAGUCUUUUUGAAGUAUGCCGCGCUGUAUUUGCGCAGAAUUUUCUCUCUCUGUAAGGACCUCGAUUCGGUGGCUACAAACAGCAAAGGCCAGAGUGCUUGUUCUGCCCAUGGGCAGAACUUGACAUUCUUGGUGCGAAAUGAAACGGGCGUUGAUCUCAUGUUGUGGUCCAGCGAUGGAGUGACGCCGACAGAUAGCACAUCUGGAGAGACAACUCCGACUGCCGUUGAAACCACGGAAAUCUGUGAUCGAUUACAAUCAGGCGAAUCGCUGUAUUGGAGAUUUUCAUCCUCGCGCGAUCCCAUCUUGAAUGUGCAUCUGCUGGAGGAUCGGUUUCCGUUUGAAUCGAUAAGGAACAUCCCUGUUAACAAGUAUCUAUCGUCACUGUUUUUGUUGCGGCCGAGCAUGGAUGGCAUCAAGCAUUUUAUUGUUGCCGAGGUUUCAAGCUAUAACCUGGCAUCGGCGGCCCGGAUGGCAGGGCAACCUGCAACAUCGGCGGCUUGGCCCUCAAAAUUUAGCGCCUCAUCCACGCUUCCAGUGUCAAGCCUGGGCUCGACUUUUGAUCCACAUUGUGCUUCGUUCGCCCUGCAUGAUCCCAUUACAUAUGCAAAGCGCAUCGAUAUCAGCUCUGCACUACAGCUGCAAAAUCACACAGAUAUCGUCUUCGAGGUGAUGUUUUUCAUCCCAGAUCGGCUGUUUCAGAGCCGCGAGUUGGCUUCGUUUCUGAUUCCACAGAUUUAUGUUCUCGAGUGUUGGCCAGGCGAGGUGCAGGGCGUUCCCCUUGAUAUUGCUUACUAUUCACGCUUUAAGAUCCGUCCCAAGUACUUUGUUGCCAAGGAAAACACCGAGAACUUGCCCAAUUUUUCCACACAUGCCCGCAACUCCAAAAAGAGCAGCCCCAUUAACUCGGUGCGCUACAUCUGGUCUGCAUCCUCCGUCGAUUGGCGCACAGUUCUAGAUGGCACUAAAGCAGAGAAAAACAGCACUUUGCUGUCUGCAAAUGACGUUGAGCUGAUAUCGAACCCGGAUCUGUCGUUUGUCUCGGAAGGGGAAACCAGCGGCCUUUCACAAGUCUUUUCCGUUUCGACAAUUGUCCACUGCGAACGGCUAGGCGAUUUCAGCAUGCAUUAUCCUGCGAUGCGGUGCCAUUUUUUACCGCCCGUCAUCAUCAGCAGCCAGCUCCCGUAUCCCAUCACAUUCAAAAUUCUUGAUCGGCGGCAGAAGGUCAACUUCAAAGCGUCUUUGGCGAGCUAUGAAACGCUACAUUUGCACUAUGUGGCUCUUUCCGCGUCAGAAGACAUCGAUGGGGGUCCAGCGUUGCUGGGGUUGAUGGUAGAUAUCCCUGACAUUGGGUGCACCUCGCGCAACCCGUCACUCAUUUAUCACUCUGCUGAAGCGUCACGACGUCUAGUAAGAGCGUCCAAGCAAACACCAGAGCAGCGGACCAAAGUCGAGAACCGCGCAAAAACAGAGCCAGAGCAGCAGAACCCAUACGUGGAUGACUUUAUUGAGCUUGUCAACGGAAAUGGCCUUCCUUUGGUUCUGCGCAUAAACUACAGACAGGUCUCUGCAUUGCUACCGGGCAACCAGGGUGAGAAGAGACCACAUGCGAUCGGUGCCACGAACGGGCUACUACCCCUUCUUUAUUCAUACGGACGCAACUCCGGGACGCUAAAUCACUUACUCAAGUCUUCCCAUGCACGGUCAGUGAUUCGCACCAAAGACACGGAGUGGUCAAAGCCAAUAUCCAUAGAAAUUGUCGGCUCGUCGCAGCAUCUUGAGCUGUGCGGGCGCUCCGCUUCGUAUCAGCUCGGAAUUUCCGUUUCGACGGAUCCCCGCACCCCAAAUUCCAAGGUGAUAAUGAUCCGGCCACGCUUUGUGCUUUAUUCAAUGGUCGGCUUUGACUUUUGCAUUGCUGCCUCUGCUUCACCCUCCAAUGUGAAUGUCGUUUCGCCCAGGACGCUGAUCCCAUUUCACUUUGGACGAUCAAAGAGCGAAGACCACGACUCGCCGGCCUUUUAUGCAGUCACGCUCAAAAAAGUGUCAUCGCCACAGGACUGCUGGAGCGCGCCCCUGAUUCUAACACAGCUUGGAACAAGUUUCCUUCGCUUUGAGCGGAGCGAUGACCCUGCUAUCGUUGUCGGUGGACCGGAGCCAAAACCCAACCCAAAGGCAAGACUGCUAGCCCCGACCUCUAAUUUUGAUGCUUCGCUGUCUCCGGGAAAAGGCGCAGCCAUCACAUUGGAUACUUCCAAUGCUAGCAUAUGUACAGAACCUUCAGCAGCAUGUGGAUUGUCACCGCUACUUAAAUGCCAGGCACUGAUGGAAGGCCCUACCUUUUAUGUGGUCUUUUCAGCGCAACAGCAAUAUCCGUUCAUUUUGGUGAACUCGUGUUCGCAUCACGCACUGACAUGUCAUCAGGUCGGGUCCCACAGGCUCUAUUACUUGCCUGCACGGAAUUCAGAGCCAUUCGGUUGCACAGUGCCAAACGAGGAGACAGAUGCCCACAAAGGCACUCGGAAAGCCAGGGAUAUUUCUCCCAACACGUCUCCGGAGAGAACAGAGGACUCUUGCAGGCCUUCGGCAAUCUCGUUUUUUUGGGAGAUGCCCUCAGUUGCGGAGAAAAAACUGGCCAUCUAUCUGGACGAUGCUGGCAAGAAGAAGGAAAUCAACAUUUCCGAGAUUGGCACCCUGGAGCCACUCAAGUUCCGAAUGAGGGAUGGCACGUACACCAUAAUCAAUGCCAAGGUAGAGCUGAUGGGAGGCUCACAGAGUCUGCGUGUAGUUUUUUCAGAAUCUCCGCUGUUAGAUACCACGCCCAAGAAGCCCUCAAAGAAAUAUCCACAAUGGAAGUUGAAAAAGAAGAUCAAGAAAAAAAUGAAGGCCCUCAAGCAGUCCAUACAGGUCAGCAAGAAGAGCCAUUUCCUGUCUCUUCAGCGAAGAUUUUUCCACUCCACCAUGCGGGAAGAAGACAUGCGACAUGAUUCAUCUGCAUCUCCGCACGGUGGGUCUGUGUCAGAGAAACGGUUGAGCAUUUCCAACUUGCUUUCCGGGCUCAAGCUGAACCUGGAAAUCCAGUCACGAAUCGGCAUUUCGCUCAUUGACAAUAGCAAUGCCUGUGAGGCAUCUGAGCGCAGAUUUGAAAUGGCCAAUGAAACGCUUUUUCAUGAGCUAGACGAAAUUGCAUACAUCGCCAUCGAGGGGCUCUCCGUAACGUACCACCUGCCUUCUGCAGAAGAGUCCAUUAAGUUUGCGUCUCCAAGCUUGAUGAAGCUGUCCAUCAACUGGCUGGAGUGCGCGCUUGCCACAGCACCAUUGGUUCUUUACCCCUCAGUACUGAAAAAAGAACGCUCUCUGCAAGGGGACGAAGAUCUGCUCGAUAAGAUGGAGCAUCCGUUCUUAAAGUUUAUUUUGAUUGAGGAUGAGAACCUGGCCUCCUCCGGUAUCAAGUGCUUCCAAUAUGGAGGUCUUUUAAUCCAGGAGUUCUCGCUAGAGCUUGACGGCUAUUUUAUCAGGCGAAUGGAGCAGUUUCUUUCCUUUGACUCUACCACGCUGGCCCAAGUCUCGUCAUGGGCGCUCAGUGGCAGCAUGGAGGCGGAUUUUGAUACCAUUUGCUCGUUGAUGGAGUCGCGCAAUGGAGACAAAUUGCUCUAUUUCGAGUGGCUGCAGAUUCAUCCCAUCAAAAUCAACCUCUCCUAUUCGAGGGCAGAGUUUCCGCCGCACAUUCAGCUGGCAAAAGAGGGCCAAGCAGAGCCUCUUUCAUCGAUGGCCGAGAUCCUUGGAAACAUUCACGGAGCGCCCCUGCGGUUUAAUGCCUUGAUUUUACAAAACCCGAUCUUUGCAUAUGGAAUUUUCGUGAAAAUCCUCAAAGAGCACUAUGGAGACCAGCUCAUCCAGCAAGUUCACAAGGUUAUCGGUUCUUCAGACAUUGCCGGAAAUCCCAUUGGAAUGUUCAAUAGCUUCGCAUCUGGAGUGACCGAUCUCUUUUACGAGCCUUACCUUGGCUUCAUUUCGGACAAACCGCAAGAUUUCGGAAUCGGCAUUGCAAAGGGCAGUGCGUCUUUGAUCAAAAACACUGUUUAUGGCAUUUCAGAUACACUCUCAAAAGUGACCAAUUCGUUUGGUAAAGGACUGUCCAUCACCACGUUGGACUCUGAGUUUCAAAAGGAGCGGAGGUGGAAUCGGCGCAAGAGAAACAGGCCAAGACAUGCUUUUUCAGGUAUCCCCUUGCAAGUGUGA